AUUUUCCCACCAAUUUUCAUACCCAAUUGUUCACCAUGUCGCCACUCUGAAACCUCAUUGACAUGCAUUCGAUCCAUGCCCGCCCGAUUUGGUGCAAUAAGCCUUGUCGUUAUCGUUCGAUCGUGGGAAAUGCUUGCAUGCAUUCAAACCGGUCACGGCGCUGUCGAUCACGUUCUUUUGGUCACAAUGGUUAAUUCUGUUAUUAAGGGUCUUGUUAAUGAGCCAAACUUGGGUCGAAGAAAGUCAAAGUCACCCAAUGCUUUAUCACUUGGUUUUAUUAGG